AUGUCGGCGAAGAAGCUUUCAUCCAGUAAACAAACACGCAAGAAGGAAAGAAAGCAACUCAAUAUUCCAGCGAAACUGGACGAUGCUCAACAAGCAAUUCAAGACUUGAAAUGCACGAUGGACGAAGAAGCCUCGGUGCUUCUGGAGGAGAGAGCGACGUUCGAAGUUAUGAGAAAGAAGCUAGACAGCGUACAUUUCAAGAAACAUAUCAAGCUUAAUGUUGGUGGUCAGAUAUUUAAGACAUCGAUUGAAACUUUGUUAAAAGAUCCUGACUCGAUGUUGGCCGCCAUGUUUUCUGAGAGAUUUGAUGUGAAGCCUGAUGAAGAAGAUGGUGCAUAUUUUGUUGACAGAGAUGGAACACAUUUCAG